GGUUUUCGGGCUAGUAAAUCAGACUCGAUAAGAGUUUUCAAAAUUGGCAAGGCGUCGUCGAACCGGUUGACAAUACACGAAAUAAAUUACGAGAAAGGGAAUUUCCGCGGUGCUACAUUGAAAUCUACAACAGUAAUAAUCGACAGAGAUCAUUUUUUUGGAUUCGAUAAAAAAAUUACUUCUGACUUGGAUGUAUUCGCUCAUAUGCAUUAUGAAAUGAUCGUUACAUUAACUAAUCAACUUAAUUUUAAAAUAGAACUUACCAUUGUCAACGAUUACGGAUGGUCUCUGGGAAAUGGUUCUUUCGGUGGUUUAACCGGACUUUUACAAAAAGAAGCAAUUGAUUUUAGUGCGACUGGUGUUUUUAUUCGACCAGACAGAAUGUCAGUAAUCGAUUUUACAGUUGGCACAGUUGCAUUACGAACCACAGCGAUUUUUAGGCAGCCUUCAUUGUCUAGUGUACAUAAUAUUUUGUUAUUACCAUUCACGUCUGAUGUCUGGAUAGGCGUGUGUGCAACUUUUUGUGUAUUUGUAUUCACUUUGAUUUUUUUAAUACGCGUGAAUAACUAUUUCGAAGAAAAAAAAUAUAGUACACUAAAUGUUCCAGAAAUAGUAACCUUGGUCCACGGUGCUAUAUGUCAACAAGGGUUCAAUUCAACUUCAACCUUGGUAUCUAUACGUGUCGUCAUCUUGGUACUAUUUUUCACAUCACUUUUCAUAUAUACGUCGUAUUCUGCAAGUAUUGCUGCAUUAGUGCAAUCAAACAGUAACUCAAUCAAAUCUAUUAAAAAUAUAGCAGAAUCGUCAAUGACAUUUAGCGCUCAAAUUAGUCCAUAUGGAAAACUUUAUUUUGAAGAAACCGAGGAUUCCGAUUUAAAGAAACUUUAUAAGACAAAAAUGGUUCCUCGUGGUAAUGAAGCGUUCGUUAGAGCACCAGAAGGGAUGGAAAGAAUUCGAACAGAAUUUCACGGAUUUCUGGUAGAAGUUAUGUCAGCCUACAAGAUAAUCGGCAAAGAGUGGCGCGAAGAGGAGAAAUGUGGCUUGGGCGAAAUUCAACUUUUCAAGAUACCACUUUUAUCAAUAGCUUUAGUUAAAAAGUCUGGACACAAAGACAUAUUCAAACAAAAACUAAUACAACAAAUGGAAGUCGGGCUGAGUAAACGAAUCUCUAGCCAGUGGAUACCUCCGAAGCCAUCCUGUGGAUCGUCCAGUAGAGCAAAACAAUACGUCAGCGUCUCCGUUAAAGAAACAUAUCUAACACUUGCAAUAUUCGGAUACGGUAUUUGCAUUUCAUUGGUGAUUUUUAUACUAGAAGUAUUACAUUACAACUGGAUGAAUCGCGGAUCCAAAAAAAAAAUCGUCCAAGUAGACACUUUUAAAUUUUGGCAAAUUUUAUUAUUUCUUAGAAUAUUUGGUUUCAUCAAUUGUGGCAAUAAUAAUCACAGUAAUUUAUUAAAUGGCUUAAUAAACUUGUUUAAGAAUAUGAACGUACAUACAGUAUGGACUACCACAUGUUGGGACACAAGAAUAAAAAGUGAAUUUCUUAUGAAAUUCUCAAAUGAAGAUAUAUCGAUAAAUUUUGAUUUAAAAAAUAUACAGACGAUUUUAGAUCAGACGCAAAACACGUGGUUUAAAUCUGGAAUAUUAGUUGACUUAUCAUGUGAUCAAGCUUUCAAUGUACUUCAGCAGGCAUCAAAUAGACGACUGUUCGACCUUCAAAACGAUUGGGUACUUUUUAAUCGUCACGGAAAUCCGAAUAAAACAGACGCCCUAGAAAUUGCUUUACACUCAUUCAGAACGCAUAUGGAUCAAUCGUACGUGAUGCCGGAUUCGAGGGUGUAUCUAUUGAUAGAGGUUGAUAGAAAUGUCUGGGAAAUAUGGGAUGGUUUUCGAUUGAGUGUCGCCAAAGAAGUUCAAGUGUCCCGAGUCGGUGUGAUGACACCGGAACGAGUGGAAAUUAAACUCUCCGAUCGUACGAACUUUAAGCGUGUCGUCAUUUCGGCGUCUACGGUAAUUCUAGAACCGAACAGUUUCCUCGGUUGGGAUAAGCCUAUACUUACUCACAAUUUAGAUGCGUUUGCCCAUAUGCAUUAUGCCAUUUGUAAAGUGUUAGCGGAACAAUUAAAUUUCACGCUAAAUUUGACCGUGUCUUCCGAUUAUGGAUGGAAUUACGGUAACGGGACGUACAGCGGUUUAAUAGGACAACUGCAAAGAGAAGAAAUUGAAUUUACGGCUGCUGGUGCUUUAAUGAGAUCAGAUCGAAUGGAUGUUGGUGAUUUGACCGUCGGGACAUUCGUAGCUCGAACGGUCGCUAUUUAUAAACAACCACCUCUGUCCAGUGUCAACAACAUUUUUACUCUGCCAUUCGUACCUAACCUCUGGAUAGUGAUGUUUGUCGUCAUGUCAGUAUUUGCCGUUGCUCUGAUAUUUCUCACGUGGACAUCCAAUUGGUUACAUGGCAUAGAAAUGAAAUUCUCGAUAGCACUAGAUACGGUCAUCUUAGUGUUUGCCGCUAUUUGUCAACAAGGUCUGUCAGUGGCGGCUGCCCACCACUCAAUACCGACUCGAAUAGCCACGUUCACGCUGUUCUUGUGCGCAGUGUUCUUGUUCACCUCGUACGCGGCUUGUAUCGUAGUACUGCUGCAGUCGGCAAGCCGGACGAUUAACACCAUCGUCGACUUGGCAGAAAAACCGAUUACGUUCAGCGCACAGGACACCAAACACAAUUAUAUAUAUUUCAAUGAAACAGUCGAUAAAAAUAUUAAGAAAAUCUAUCUCGAAAAGAUGAAACCACAAGGUACCAGGGCGUUUACGAGUCCGGAGAUAGGCGUGGAACGGGUUCGAAAUGAAUUUCAUUCGUAUUUGGUGGAAAUCUCGUUGGCAUAUCAUUUAAUAGCUAAGACAUGGCAAGAACAUGAAAAAUGCAGUUUAUCUGAAACGGAGUUAUAUAAAAUACCACUUCUUACCUUAUACAUUGUAAAAAAAUCAGGAUACAAAGACGUAUUUAAACAAAAGAUGAUACAACAAUAUGAAAUCGGUUUAAAAUAUCGAAUUACCAAGAACAUAAUGCCACAAAAACAAAAGUGUGUUUCGUCAAACUCGGGUGCAAUACGCUUCGACAGCGUAUCCAUGAAGGAAAUCUAUCCAGCAUUAAUAUUUCUCGGUUACGGUAUAUGCGCUUCGUGGUUAUUAUUUAUGUUUGAAUACAUAUUUUAUAGAACUCAAGUGGAUAAAUAGCAUACAUAAUAUCAGUACGAUACUUAAAUAAUCAAUUUGCUAUUUCAUCGCAGAACACAUAAACGCUUUAUAAUUUAAAUAACUGCCUCAAUAUUACUGAUAUAGGAAACUAUUACCUAUAUAAUAACACGCAAGUACACUGUACCGCAUAUAAUUACUAGUAGGUAAUUAUUUUAAUACUAUUAACCAGAAAUGUGUGCAGACAUAAAACAAAUUACGUUGUACAUACUCCGUCUAACAUCUUAUAGUAUAUUAUUAUAAUAUAUUGUGUAUUAAUAUUCUGGUUGAAUUAUCCAUUAUAAUAUUUCCUAUUAUAAAAUUGUACACUCGUGUACAUCUGAUGAAAAAUGAGCAAUAUGUCGAACAUACGGCUAUCCUAGAUCCAAUAAAUAAUAUAUUCUCACGGAAUGCAUACACACGAGUAGCUCUACAAAUAGUAUGACACCAUAACACCUUCGUGACGACUUCUUGGUUCGGACGAAGAUGUAAUAGAAAAGUUAUGUUAUUCGCCAAACAUAAGCAAAUUAGUGUAAGUUUAAUAAUUUCAAUAAUAAUUAUAAAAAUAAUAAAAAUUAAAUAAAAUGUUUUUGAAAAACAUGUAAUAAUUAAAAAAAAUGAUAAUUAACCACAAGCCAAUGGAACAGCUAUAACAAGGCUCUAACACUAAUACAAUAAAUUUAAACAUUAUUAUAAUUAAAUCGACGAAUUUCUUCGGAUACCGUCUUGACUCUCUACAAUUAAUGUCCUGUAUUUCAAAUCCGAGUUUUCGUAGUUAGGAUCGUUUUCAUAGGAGUUGGACACAGUGCUACAUGUACUUUUUGAACAUUCGCUUAUUGAACCUUUACAUUAAAAUCACACAACAGUUAAUAAGUAAUUUGCUCCAACAGUAAUUCUACCAACCAAUAUAAUAAUCAGACCUCGGAACGAAUGAGUUAAAAUCAGCUGGUUCAUUAGUUCAAAAUGUACG